GCUUCAUCCGGCGAUUAUCCAUUCUCUUAUACAGCUGACCAUAACCAAACAUUAAAUGAUGGACAAUUUCGAAGAUGAGGAAACUCCUCCUGUUGGAGAUCUAUCACAGUGUAACACUUGCAAAAGAAUGUUCUUCCCGAAAGUCCUGGAGAAACAUUCCAAAAUCUGCCAAAAGUCAGCAGCGAAAAGGAGGAAGGUUUUUGACUCCAGCAGGCAACGAGCACAGGGAACCGACAUCCCCACACUCAAACCCCUCAAACCAAAGUCACAAAGUUCAUCUUCUUCUCAGAAAGCGGAGCCCCCUAAAAAGGCGUCCAACUGGCGCAAGAAACACGAUGACUUCAUCGCAGCCAUCAAGGCUUCCAAGGCCAGCAUGAAGGCCAUGAAGGACGGUGCUCCUUUGCCGCCACCUCCGCCUCCUACGUAUGACCCAGAUCUUAUUCAGUGUCCGUACUGCCAGCGGAGGUUCAACGAAAGCGCCGCCCAAGGCCACAUUAAGUUCUGUCAGGAUCAGGCCGCCCGCAUGGCCAUCAAGAAUAAGUCGAGUGAUGCCAAGAAACCUCUUCGCACACAGUACAAGCCUCCAGCUCCGGUCAAGAAAACCAGCUCUGCAGCGUCAACCAUCCCCUCGGCCUCCUCCCGCCUACCUCAGCGAUCAGGUCUUGGCCAGACGACUGGGGUCCCUUCCAAUAAGACCUCGUCGGCACCUCCGAUGAGGACUAACACGUCUGGACUCACAAGUCCUGGGUCUGGUGUGGGAAUGAAGAACCGAGCAGUGAGCUCCGGGUACGGUUCUGUGAGGAACACUCCAGCUGGAAGAGGGCCGCUCAACAAGAAGAAACAAGAAGACGCUUACAUAAUGAGGAAUGACAUGGACAGCGGGGACAAUGUCGGCAACGGCGAAAUAAAGACCAAGUUUUGUCACUCCUGCGGUACCAGGUACCCGAUAGAAUCGGCCAAAUUCUGCUGCGAGUGCGGCAUCAGGAGGCUGCGUAUUUAAGAAAUAUGAUGUAUUAUUGUUUCUAUUUAUGUUUUCCACCCUGUCACUUCAAGCCCAAUUGAAAGCUAUGAAUCGAUGCUUUUUUAGUAAAGCCGCGUUAGCUUAGGUUACAGCCUUCAACUUUGUGAGAUAAAACAAACCCCCCCCUCCGCCCUCCCAACAGAAUCUCGUAUUAGUUAAAGUGUAUCACAGGAUAUCCACUUAAUGUUUGAGUCUUUGAGUCACAUUAUUGAUGCAAAAAGGGUUUGGUUAUCAGGUAAAAAAAAAAAUAGGGAGCGUAUAGCAGAGACGUGUUAUGUAAGGAAUGAGCUCCGAGCUUGUUUUGAAAAGGUGAAAAAUGAAAGUUAAGUGUGGCAUGAAUCUGUAGAGAAGUGGGUGUUAUUUCACUCACCCCCCCUGUGGCUCAAUCUUCAGCCGAGCAUGCCGGAAAACGGCGUCUCCAUUUCCUCGUAGCAGAAUUUGUUCCUUUCCAAGUGCAAUACGAUUCACUACUGAAGAAAAUGUCUGGUUUUUUAUUUUUUCAUUUUUUUUUUAAAUGAAAACUUAGGAGAUAAAAAAGAAAUCUCAAUUGUUUCACAAUUGUGACUGUCCUGACAUAUCCCAACCAAUGUAGCAUUCCCAGAAUCCCAUAUAUUCCCUUUUCUUAUUCCCACUUCUCCAUUCCGUUUUAUUUUACCGGAUGAAAAAUGACUGCAUUGUAUAUUUUGUUUUUAUUUGCCAAACUCUAUAUUGUUGUGGUAUUCAGAGACUGAAAGUAAUCUGGGUGAAAUACUGCAUUAAACCUUAGAAUUUGGCAGGAAAUGGUACAAAAAUACUACAUCUCUGCGUGUGCAAAAAUGUUAUUCAAUGAAAGCAGUAAAGAUUGCAGUUUUGCGUUGUUUAUCGCAGUACCAUUUAUAGAUUUAAUAUUUUUGUAAUCCGAGCGUAAACAACAUGUGGUUUUUAACAUUAUUAGAGCCCUCUAACAUGAACUAACACCCCUAUAGUCACAUUUACGCUUGUAUUUAUGUUUUUAUUUUGUAUAGUCGCUUGUUUUUAGAACGUUUUUCUUGACUUGCAGUAUAUCAGUAUGACA